GUUCCUGAAAGAUGGCAUUCUUUAAUUGACAGGACUCCCUUUACUAGAUCUAAUAAGAUGAGUAGGGCUUUAUAGAUCAAUGGUGCUCAAAAAAUUGGGUGCCGGUUUCGUGGAGAGGUUUUUCCGUGGACCAGAGGGGGCGUGGUUUCAUCUGUAGCCUGCAUCCCACGGAUGGGGCUUCCCUUGUUUGCACGACCCGUUUCUGGCAUGCGGGGCUGUGGGUUGAGGAACCUUGUAAUAAAUGACAACCUUAAAUUGCACUUGGAAAUCUGCUAGGAAGCAGAGCAGCUUGUAAAAUAAAGGUAUAACAUGGGCAAAUCGGGAAUUGGUCAUAAUUAUACGAAUUUUUUCGCAGCUAAAAAGUGAAAAGAUAAUACAAGACUAUUUCCCUGCACAAUGUCUCCUAUUCGCUACUAAAAGCCUAAAGACUGAAAUAAGCCUAUUUAUAAUCAACAGCACAGUACUAUCUACAAAUCUUGUUUUCCCAAAGCUGGUUUGCUUCCUUAAAAGGUCAUCAGAAUGACAGUGCAGGAAAAAAAUCCAGGAAAAAAAAUCAGGUUUUAAUAUUAUUAUUUGAAUUGUUAUUUUUGCUGGAUGUCCACACAAGGAACCUAAGUGGUUAAAGAAAUUCAUCACAAAAUACUCACAUUUCAUGUUAACAAUUAACUUCUUUCAUGUGACUGAAACCACUUUAUAAAAUGGACAAGCUUAAAGGCUGAACUUGCCUGAAGGGCAAUGGAUCCUAAGAACACAUUUCUUAAGUUUGGCUCCAAACCAUCUCUCUUUCCAAUACUGGAAGCAGCAACGCCAAAGAACGCCGUGGCUGAAUAAAAAAAAAAGGGGAUCAGGCUAAGCAGCAGAAUGAGUGCAACCUUCAUCUAGCCCUCCAGCACUGCGAACUCGGGAACAGGAAAUUUUUCCGACUUGAAAGCCCAGGUCUUAGCAGUAGAACAGUUUCAGGGAACUGUGGCCAGAAGAAAACUCCAGAGAACAUUUGGAGCUCCAGAAAACACCUGGAAAGCCAAAGAUGAACCUACUUGAGAUAGCAAAAUCAGGGUUUCUAGUUUGCAUUGUGGUUUGCAUUUUCAUCUUUGGUGUUUUCUAUCUACGGAAUACAAUCUUCAAGGCAGAUAAGGAAAAACUCAUCCCAAAAGAUUGUGGCUUUUAUCCAGAUGAACUCUGCUCAGCCCUUUUUGAUGGGAAAGAAGUUGCUUUUCAAAUUGGCCAGCUGUGCCAGGAGGCUUUAGGGGGAAAAGAAAUGUCUACCUGCAUACAAAUACAGUGCAACUGUUCUACGCUGCAGAAGAAACUCCACUUCAUCACAAGGCCACUGUCAGAAGAAGAAAGGAACUUUUCUUUGGCAUACAUCGUCACCAUUCACAAGGAACUGGACAUGUUUAUAAAAUUACUUAGAGCCAUUUACAUGCCUCAGAAUGUUUACUGUAUACAUAUUGAUGAGAAAUCAUCAAAGGAUUUUAAGCAAGCUGUCCAAACCUUGGUCAACUGCUUUGAAAACAUUUUUAUUGCUUCAAAGAGGGAAAAAGUUGUCUAUGCAGGAUUUUCCAGGUUGCAAGCAGAUAUCAACUGCAUGAAGGACUUGAUCCAUUUAAAUAAUCAAUGGAAUUAUGUUAUUAAUCUCUGCGGUCAGGAUUAUCCCAUCAAAACAAACAAGGAACUUAUACACUAUAUUAAAAGUAAAUGGAAUGGUAAAAAUAUCACCCCGGGAAUUGUUCAACCCCCUCAUAUAAAACACAGAACUGAUUUUAGUUAUCAAGAAUGUGUACUUUCAGGAAAAUCAUAUGUCUAUCAAACCAAAAAUGUGAAAAGUGAACCACCCCACAAUUUGACUAUAUAUUUUGGGACUGCGUACUAUGUACUCACAAGAAAAUUUGUAGAGUUUACACUGACUGAUGAACGUGCAAAAGAUUUGCUUGAAUGGUCAAGGGACACCUACAGUCCAGACGAACAUUACUGGGUCACCCUGAAUCAUAUACCAGAUGCUCCUGGUGCUACACUAAACACAACUUGGCAAGGAAAUAUACGAGCAAUCAAGUGGAAAGAUCAAGAAGGACAAGUGCACAAUGGCUGCAAAGGACAUUAUGUCAGAGGUAUUUGCAUCUAUGGACUUGGAGACUUGGAGUGGAUUAUUAAGUCUCCUAAUUUAUUUGCCAACAAAUUUGAGCCAGCAACAUACCCACUAGUCAUGGAUUGUCUAGAAAGGCAUUACAGAACAAAGUUGCUCCAGGAAGCUGAAGUUCCUGUGGAAGCACACUGGCGUUUGGAAGAAUAAGACUGCUCUCUGCACAUCUGGACUAACGGUGAUCUCUAUGGAGGGCAAAGCAGAACCAAAGACAUGCUACAUUUCAAAAUGUAUGUUCCAAAGGGGGAUACUACAUCAUAAGUAUUUAGCAUCUUGGACCUAAGAACAGAAAGGAAAAUUCUGAACAUGAAGAUUCAAUAUGCACAGCUCUAGUGUCUUUACAAACAUUAACUUCUCUGGACCUGUUUUUUUUCCUCUUUCUCCUAAACAAUUGCUCUGAAACAUAUAAUUGGUGCAUAUUGUCUUACAUACUUAAGACAACAGUUUUCAGUCCCUGUUUAACAACUGCUGGCAGUUAUGAAGAUGAUGUAAAAAUAAUUUUAUGACCAAUUCUUGCAUUUACAACUUUGGCAAGUUUGUAAAGCGAAGAAAAACUGCAGUAAAAUGAUAAUCACAAUGACAAUUUAUUUAAUGACUGCUGCUUUGAUUAACAACUGAGUUGUGGUCAACAAAAAAGGACUAAGAAAUACCUGUAUUCUCUUUUGCGUACAUCUCUUUCUAACAGAAUGCUUGCUCCUUUAAAUGGACUGUUUAAAAGUAGCCUCCUAACUUAAGUCUAGACCACACCUUCUGAAGUUAAAGGUAUCUAAAUGAAUCAUGAUUAACUUGUCCCACUUACUCCAAUAAGUGUAUCUAAAUCCAUAUCUAAAUAUAAUUCAUACAUUAUUUAUCCUUCUUUAACAUUUUUCUACAUGAAGCUUUAUGUAAAAUUUAACUAAUAUAUUGCUGAAUAAAGUCAUAAAAUUAAUCAAAAAUUUCUGUCAUUUGAUAAUACUGUUCUUCCAUCCAAUCCAAACUAAUAAACUUUAUGUAAAACCAAAGAAAAACCUAGCAUGCACACACACAUACACAUGUGUGUGCGCGUGUAUGAAAAAAUAAAUAUAAUUCAGGAUCCCAUAUAUCUUAAUUCAGUUAGAAAAGAAAAUUAAGUAAAAUAAAUUAAGAAGACAAAAAUAAAAGUCUAUGUGGCACUGAGCUAAAUCUGUAUGUCCUAAAUUGAAAAUUCAUACACAGAACAGUAUUAAUGAAAAUGUGCUGAAUAUUAUUAAUUUACCAUUUGAGUUCCUCUACAGGAGACUGAAAUAAAAUGUCUGAAAAUACUUAUGACCUUAUGUCCAGAAACUGUUCAAACUUAUGAUGAUACUGAAUGAGGGCACUUAGGACCUGUGCCCAAUGUUAUUGCAAGCCCCCAUGGACACAGGACCAAAGUUUGCUUGCUUGGCAGCCUGCCAGCACUUACGAUUGGCCACAGAGAUGUUGCAACUCCUCCCAACUGCCUAUCUCUAUCCCUCCCAGCUCCAUCCUUAAAUGUCAGGCAAGUCCCAAUAGCAUAGCACAAAACAGCCACACUGCCCAGGAGACUUCAGUGGUGCAAAUCAAUCAUUUUCACUCACGAAACUCCAAAGGCCUUGGAAGCUCCAGCCUAGCCGCUUUCACUGCCCUGUCCUGCAGUCAUCAAGUUGAGUCAGUCACCUGGUGAGCUGCUUAAUGAGUGCAAUGACCUAUGACGAAAAUCUCAGGCUCAAUUGUGGUUAAGUUAAUGACUACCCAUACCCCAAAGUUAGAUAGCUACUAGCUUAACCAACAACAAACAAUCUACCAACAUAUUCCAUAUUCCAACACAUAACUGUUUCAUUCCAAAAGAUGAUGGGAAUAUGAAAAAACACUCCAUAUCAUGGUUUACAUUUGCUUCUGUGUCAGUACUUUUUACAAAUUUGAUCUUUUUUAGAAAAGAGGCCCUAUAGAAAGCCCAUAAGUCAAAUAAAACUCACACAAAAAAAUAAUUUAUUCUCAAUGAAGGCGUGGCAUUUUCCCUACACUUGUAAAGGAAAAUUCUUUGCAGAUUUUUUAAGUAGAUGAGCUCAACCUUUAAUGCUGUCUGUCUCUGAUUUGUCUCACAAAGACUCAGCCAUUUAGAUAUACACAGGUUUUGUUAAGUAAGGCGCCACUUGGCUGGUUUGUAUCUUAACAGUGAAGGGCAAAAUAUUUCUCUUUUCCCAGGAAGGCAGAAGAUGGAUGUAACAGCUCUAAUGUGAUUUGGUUACAUCGGUAAAAUGGAACCCAUAAAACUUUGUCACUAUAACAUUUUGGAAAUUAGGAGCACUAAAGUCAGAGAGCAAUCUGAUUUGCACUUUAAAAACUCUGUAGUUGUACUUGAGCCCAACUUGUCUUUUGUUC